GAGGGGGACGCAGGCAGAACCGGACCGACCCGGACCACAUCCAGAAGCAGAACCAGAGCACCAUGUCCUUCAGCCCAAAGCACUCCACCCCCUUCUCAGUCACCGACAUUCUGAGCCCGAUGGAGGACAGCUACCGGAGGUUCGGAGGGAUGGAUCCCGGGUACCGGCAGCAGCAGGUCUCCCAGCAGCCCGGUACGCACCAGCACCAUCAGCACCACCAGGAGCCUCAUCUCCAUCACCACCACCACCACCAUCACCAUCACCACCUGUCCUCCUCCUCUUCAUCCUCAUCCUCCUCCUCUUCCUCAGCCUCAGCAGCAGCCGCCUACCACCAUGUGGUUCCACAUCACCACGGGGUGCCACAGUUCUCCGGGUCCGCAGGAGGGUUCUGCAGCGGCGGCAUCGGGACCGUGGGAGAUCUUCCGUCCUACCAGGAGACGGUGAGGACCGGAGGAGCCUGGUACAGAGACCCGGAGCCCAGAUACCAGACCAUCUCCAGAUUCAUGGGCCCGUCCGGCGGGAUGAACGGGAUGAACGUGUCCGGGAUGAUGAGCAGCCUGGCCGGGAUGGACUCCAGCUCCAAGUCCUCCAUGGUCUCCAUGGUGACGCUGCACUCGGCGCCGAGGAGGAAGCGGCGCGUGCUCUUCUCGCAGGCUCAGGUGUACGAACUCGAGCGGCGCUUCAAGCAGCAGAAGUACCUGUCCGCUCCUGAGAGAGAACACCUGGCCGGCCUCAUCCACCUCAGCCCCAACCAGGUCAAGAUCUGGUUCCAGAACCACCGAUACAAGCUCAAAAGGCAGACCAAGGACAAGGUUGGGCAGCCGCUGCAGCAGGACGGGACAGGUGGAGGUGCUGGAGGUGGAGGAGGAGGAAGAGGUGAAGGUGGAGGUCUGUGCACCACGACCCAACGCUCCUCCUCCGUGUCCCCGGUCCUCUCCAAGAACGGUAAGGGCAUGCAGCAGCAGCAGGUGAACCAGGUGAACCAGGUGAACCAGGUGCAGCAGGUGAACCAGGUGAACCAGCAGAACCAGCAGGUGAACCAGGUGAACCAGGUGCAGCAGGUGAACCAGGUGCAGCAGUUGAACCAGGUGAACCAGCAGCAGGUGAACCAGCAGCAGGUGAACCAGGUGAACCAGGUGAACCAUCUGUCCUCCACGGAGGAGCUGGACGAUUUGUCCCCGAGUCCUCCGAUGGGACUGCACGGUCAGAUCAACCUGACGCAGACGGACGCGGCUCUAAUCGAGUACACAAACAGCAUGAUGGGCUCCAGUUUACUGUACGGGAGGACGUGGUAGGGACACCGGGA